AUGGCUGGAAUUUGGAUGGACAAGGCGACAGAGGACCGAAUGAAUCUAUGGCUGACCCGGGUCUUGGUCAUUGUGAGCUUCACAGCGCAUCUUACCCUGGCCCUACUAGCCGGGAUCCGCCGGCGUAGGCACUCCGGCGUGCGGAGGUCUUUGGUGUGGUUGGCCUACUACGUGACCGAGAUAGGCACACCAAUCGCCCUUACCAAGGUGUUCAUCGACACCGCGUCUGUGGAUACCGAGCAACAGCUCAAGGCGUUGGUCGCAUACAGAGAGCAGCAGAUGUUUGCGUUCUGGGCGCCGUUUCUGCUGCUCCACCUUGGUCGCCCGGACAACAUCACCAGCUACGCCUUGGAGAACAAGGGGCUGUCGCCUACCCAGAAGGCCGUUCUCAUCCUUGCAAUCGUAGGAGCCAUCUGUGGCUCAUACAAGCAAAGAUUUAUGCGCGGGGAUGGGGCUCUGCGCGCCGCAUUCUUCAUCAUGCUCUUCUUGGGUUCCUAUAAGUAUGUGGAGAGGGCAGUUGCGCUACGGCGAGCUUCCUUCGACAGCAUUCGCCGCUCAAACCGGAGGAAGAUGUUGAAGCAGUUCAGUUCUAAGGGCAAAGCCCGAAAGCAGGAUAAUGAUAACGCCCUGCUUGAUGCUCACGGCCUUCUGGGCGUCACCAUGGGUGCCUUCGCUGACUAUCAAGUCGACUGCAGGAGGUAUGUCCCAUCUUAUUCUGGUUGCAAGGAUGUGAGCAAGGUGGUUGAGAUGGAGGUGUCACUCAUGUACGACGUGUUAUACACCAAGGCAAGCGUGAUACACCAGGAGGCUACAUCAUCCGUCUGGUCUCGCCGCCACCGCCACGGCGCUCUAUCUCUUCCACAGUAA